GCCCGAUCUGUCAGCGACUCAGUCGGUGUCGUCGCGGGGUACCGGAGCAGUCACAGCCGUGACUAUGAUUCAAUGCCAUGGAGGAAAAUGGACAAAUUACGGACUGAGAUUUCCGAGUACUCCUACGGAGAUUUGGACUGGACUUAAAAGGGACACAGACUUUUGACCGCUUGCAGAGAUCGGUGUUUUCCGGAUACGAACCAAGCGAAGUUACGGGAAUCUUUGUCAUCCCGGACUAAAUGAAGACAAGGGGGCCCUGACAUUUACUCAGACGUCGGGGGGAAGUUGAGCUACGUGCUAGCUAAAUUAGCACUUAGCUUCCUGUGAGCAGUUUCUUUUUAAAGUAGUGGGAAGCAGAGUUAAACCGGCCACCUGCACGUGUGUUACGGUGCCACGCGUAACACGCGACGGUGUUUUGUUCUGAACAGCUACCGCGCCUGAUGGUCCGCUUUGACAACGUUAGCACCGGUGCUAAUAGCUAAGCUAGUGGGCUAGCUUGUUGUUCCCCUGCUAAGUUAGCCACAGAGCUUUUCUGUUGGAGGGGAACAAAACGAGAGCUCAAGCCGUGGUUUCGCUGGCUUGAAAACAUCUUGGUGGAGAUAAAAUAUGCAAAGCGGCUUAGAAUAACAGUCCCAUUACAGACAAUAAGCAUGUUUUCCCUGCCCACAUAGACUUUCCUGUCCGGAUGCAGCUCCAGUUCCACUCUGAUUGCCUCCCUGCUUCAGACCUACGCUCAUCUGUCACUUAUAUGAUGUGUUUUUAUGGCUCAAGAAGGGAAUUCAGUGUGCGAUUGCAGUCAAGCCUUUUUAUAAGCUGUCAGUCAUCCGUUUAAAGUUCUCCUCACUGAUCAAACCGUUGUCCUUCUGACCGUGACUUGAUCAAUAAGCAUGAUUUUCUUCUCAGAAACACAUUUCUGGCCCCUCGCUAGUUUUUCUACCAGGACGUUUCUGUGAGGUCCUUUUAUCCUCCGCGCCACACAGAAUUUACAGGACUUUUAAAGCCGGUCGAUGGCUUAACGCGACCCAGCGUUCAGCUUCAAGUGAUCGGACCCCCGAGAAGGGGUCACCGGCCUCAGCCCCCGAUGGGAGACGCGAUGGUGAGCCAGGGCAGCCCGGUGAAGAGCUACGACUACCUGCUCAAGUUCCUGCUGGUGGGGGACAGCGACGUGGGCAAAGGAGAGAUCCUGGACAGCCUGCAGGACGGGUCGGCCGAGUCCCCCUAUGCCUACAGCAGUGGUAUCGACUACAAAACCACAACCAUCCUUCUGGAUGGGAGAAGAGUGAAGCUGGAGCUCUGGGACACGUCGGGUCAGGGAAGGUUCUGCACCAUCUUCCGCUCGUAUUCCCGCGGCGCUCAGGGAAUCCUGUUGGUGUAUGACAUCACCAACCGCUGGUCGUUCGAUGGAAUCGACCGAUGGAUCAGAGAGAUCGAUGAGCAUGCUCCUGGCGUGCCUCGUAUCCUGGUCGGGAACCGCCUCCACCUGGCCUUCAAGAGGCAGGUUCCCACGGAGCAGGCCAGGGCCUACGCCGAGAAGAACGGCAUGACCUUCUUCGAGGUCAGCCCGCUGUGCAACUUCAACGUCAUCGAGUCCUUCACGGAGCUGUCGCGCAUCGUCCUCAUGAGGCACGGCAUGGAGAAGUUCUGGAAGCCCAACCGAGUGUUCAGCCUGCAGGACCUCUGCUGCCGGGCCAUCGUGUCGUGCACGCCGGUGCACCUCAUCGACAAGCUGCCGCUGCCCGUCGCCAUCAAAUCGCACCUCAAGUCCUUCUCCAUGGCCAACGGCAUGAACGCCGUCAUGAUGCACGGACGCUCGUACUCGCUGGCCAACCCGCAGGGCGGCUCCAAGGGGAACAGCCUGAAGCGCUCCAAGUCCAUCCGCCCGCCGCAGAGCCCGCCGCAGAACUGCACCCGCAACAACUGCAAGAUCGCCUAGGCAACGAGAGAGAGAGAGGGAGAGGGAGAGGGAGAGAGGGAGAGGAGAGAGGGAGAGGGAGAGAGGGAGGGAGAGAGAGAGAGAGAGGGAGAGAGAGGGGUUGCCAUGGAUACACACCACUCUGUGGUAUUUCUUCGUGUGAGAUUUAUUUUUAACUGGUUUCCACUUGAAAAAAAGAUUUUCUUUGUGUAUUUGUCAACGAAUCCCUUCGACAGCUGAGGCUGUUUCUUCUUUUUGGCCCAAGGGUUUCUGGGAGUUGUGGUCAGAGACCAAUCCAUUUGCACACGGCUCUUAUUCUGAGAGACUUCAUCAUUGGAGCUUUAGGUCGUUGUUUCAGGAGGAAUCGACUCGUUUUUAAGCUCCAGCUCACUUUGUUCCAGUCAAAGGAUUUUGAAUUGUCUUCUUUUUAAAGACUAAAUGCUAAACUAUUUUCCGUUUCUGACAAUUUGCUGCUUUUCUGGUUUAUAUCAUUGAAUAAGGAGAAUCUUUCGGGGGGGGGGGGGUUGGAAGACUCUUACUUGGAGACUUUCACUCUUUUCUGACUGAACAUCAGAGCGCAGGAGGUGUUUGUUUGGUAGCAGCUCCGGUUUUAGGUGGAGUCUCAGGGUGGAGAUGUUUGGAUGGAGGUCAACGGUGACUCUUUGGACCCAUAGAAGUGACCUCCAUUUAUUUUCAUUCCAUCUCUGAAGCAACAAUACAAAGUGAAAACAUUUAACAUUCACUGGGAGCCAAGAGGAGGAUCUGAGAUGGGACUUUUCUUAUCUGAGUUGUUUUUGGAAGCUAAAGAGGAUCCAAACAAAUUCAUGUUUUGGCAACAACACUUAUUAUUAUUUGUAUUAUUAUUGUGUUCGUGUAGGACUUCUGGGAACGCAUGAGCUAGAUCCCACGUGCUGCAUUCGUGUUCCGUGGGAAACGGCAGCUACGAGUGGACGACUUUAAGUUAAUUGAGCUCAUUUUUGAUAAAAUGCGAUGGGUCUCCAGAAGCAGCUCUUCUUCUGUGAUCUGCACCACGCCCCCGCAUGCUGUCCCAUGAUUCAUAGCUGCUGAAUAAUAGAUGCUCCCCUCAUAGAUCUCUGGAGGUCUUCCUCUCUCUCGCUGCGGUUUGUUUCCUCUCGACUUUAUCACAAAAACAAUGAGCUGCUUGUUGUUGUUUUCGUUGGACUCGCGCGCACUGAUCCAGAGUCAUUGUGGGCAAUAAAAGAACCGGGGGGUAAAAAUGUAUUAAUAAUACACCAUUUUUAUUUGACAAUUAUCUUAAAAUGUGUGCACGUUUUUUUAUUUGUAAAUUUAUUUGAUUUUUUUAUCAGACUCACAAUAUUUCAUUUUGUAAAAGAAUGUGACAUCGUGGAAUACCCCCCCCACCUGUAAUGUCUUUAUUUACACCCACUUUAACUUGUGAUGCACACCGACCGUUAACUUGAUUCGUUCCGUUCGUCCUCGUCUCUUUCGCAGAGAUGUUUAAAUCUUAAAUCUAAUCGGACACAAACGUCUCCGUUAGCAACCGCUGGUUUCAGAUGAGUAGAAACACGCCGCUUCUCAAAGGAGCACAACAUGAAAUGUUUGACAUAAAUCUCCCCAAUGAAUGGCAGAAGCUUCUCCCUCCACGUCGUCCUUCUCAUCUCCUCUUUGCUUCUUUAAGGACUUCCUCUGUGUUUGUUGACUUGUGUUUCUCCUGAAUUAAGUCUUCUGUUUGGACAUUUUGUUUUUUUAAGGUGGGGGGGUCACUGAUGUGGAAGUAUUUGUAUAAAGAAGCCGAAUAUUGUGACGAUAACGACACAACUCGCACAAAAAAACAACACUUGUAAAACACUAUUCUGGUUUUUGGCUGAAGCUGCUGAUUGUGUGUGUGUGUGCGUGAGUGAGUGUGUGUGUGCAUGCGUGUGUGAGUGUGUGUGUGCAUGCGUGUGUGAGUGCGUGUGCGUGUGUGCGAGUGUGUGUGUGCGUGUACUUCAAACCCGAACGUUUUUCUUUUUUCUAAAUUAUUAAUUGUACAGUUUCAAGGAUUUGAAGAGUUUCGACCUUUUUCACAAUAAAACUAUUGAAUGUUGAA